AACAUCACCUUUCUUUUUCUAUAUCCAUCUCUUAUUUACUUGUUCAAUCCAGAGACAAAGAGAAAGCACACAACUUAAGGGUUAUUUUCUUACAACACUAAUUGUAGUGUUAUACUAAUCAAAAAGUAAAAGAGAACCUACAAGAAAAUGUCUAACAGGAGAUCAAGGCAAUCUUCCAGUGCUCUAAGGAUUUCCGAUGACCAGAUGAUCGACCUUGUUAGUCAGCUUUGUCAGCUUUUGCCAGAGAUUCGCGAACGGCGCCGUUCUGAUAAGGUGUCAGCAUCGAAGGUACUUCAAGAGACAUACAGCUACAUAAGAAAGCUGCAUCGAGAAGUUGAUAAUCUCAGUGAACGUUUGUCGCAGCUCCUCGACUCCGUUGAUGAAGAUAGCCAUGAAGCUUCCGUCAUUAGAAGUUUGCUCAUGUAACCUUCCAAUAUAUGUACUUCUUAUAACUUUUACAAUAUAUAUUUAUUAUAUAUGUAAUCGUGAUUGUCCUUAAUAUAUAUAUUAUAAACUUCUGAAUUUUGGUC